UCCAUCGUUCAUCAAUCAAGCGGUCGAAUAAUUCGUAAUUUUUCUUAAUUUUUCAAUAUUUGUGCCAAUCUUCUUAUUAAUUUAGUGAUCUUAACCCGUUAAAAGUUUAUGGAUAUUUAUAAAUGUAAAUAAUCAUCCUGUUGUGUUUGCAAACGUGCAUAUGCUUUGUUGUGAGAAACCACCACCUUUAUCUGCUGUCAUUCUGAACUGUAGCAACUGAAUUUUUCGAUAAUGAAACAUAAGUUAUCCUUUAAAUGGUAGGUUAUCGACAGAAGUAGAGUGUAAGAAUAACAAAUCAGUAUACAGUUGUUGAUGUGUCGUGAUGAGAGUGGUGUUCUUACUCGGAGUAGUCAUCGGGAGAAUGUGCGGUGGCGUUUAGCCUUAGUGGCAGAGGACGUCAGAAAUAGGAUCCAGCAUGGAAUCGGUGAAGGACGAAGAACGUCUGCGGCGGCUGCGUGCCCUGGAGGAGCGGCUUUGUGACCCUCGUUCCCCAGGCAACGUGGACUGCUUGCUAGACACCGUGACUGCUCUCGUUUCCGACUGUGACCACCCGGCUAUCCGUCGCAUGAAGAAUGUCGAGGCAUACACGAGCAGAUAUGAGGCUUUUGCUUCAGACAUUGUAGAUCUGCGCAUGAAAGCAGCAGAUUUUGAUUUAAUAAAAGUGAUUGGCCGUGGGGCAUUUGGUGAAGUGCAACUAGUCAGACACAAGUCUACACGUCAAGUGUAUGCCAUGAAAUUACUCAGUAAAGUUGAAAUGAUCAAGAGAUCUGAUUCUACAUUUUUUUGGGAGGAACGACACAUAAUGGCACAUGCUAACUCCGAGUGGAUAUUAAAACUUCAUUUUGCUUUUCAAGACCACAAGUACCUUUACAUGGUGAUGGAUUACAUGCCUGGCGGUGAUCUUGUUAGCCUUAUGUCCAACUAUGAUAUACCUGAAAAAUGGGCUAAAUUCUAUACUAUGGAAAUUGUCCUUGCACUAGACGUUAUUCAUGGUAUGGGCUUUGUACACCGUGAUGUUAAACCAGAUAAUAUGUUAAUUGAUAAAUAUGGACAUCUAAAGCUAGCUGAUUUUGGUACAUGCAUGCGAAUGGGACCUGAUGGUCUUGUGCGGGCAAGUAAUGCAGUGGGUACUCCUGAUUACAUCUCACCUGAAGUGUUGCAAUCACAGAAUGGUGAAGGAGUUUAUGGUCGUGAAUGUGACUGGUGGGCUGUGGGAAUAUUUUUAUAUGAAAUGCUCAUAGGAGAUCCUCCUUUUUAUGCAGACAGUUUAGUUGGUACAUAUGGCAAAAUUAUGGAUCACAGAAACUCACUUCAGUUUCCAGAUGAUGUAGAAAUUUCAAAGGAUGCCAAAUCUCUAAUCAGAGGUCUUCUAACAGACAGAAUCAAACGAUUGGGCAAAAAUAGUGUUAAUGAGAUUAAGCAACAUCCAUUUUUCAUCAAUGACCAGUGGAGUUUUGAAAACUUGAGAGACUCUGUACCACCAGUUGUGCCUGAAUUAUCUAGUGAUGAUGAUACAAGGAAUUUUGAUGACAUGGAAAAGUCUGAUGCUUUGGAUGAAUCUUUUCCUGUGCCCAAAGCAUUUGUUGGUAACCAUUUGCCUUUUGUAGGUUUUACUUAUAAUGGUGAUUAUCAGUUAUGCGCGAGAGGAUUAAAGGCAGCCGAUGUGGUAGAUACUAUCUCUAAUAAUCAUAUUAAUAAUGUUGGAUCUGAAGCCAUAUUGCAACUGGAAAAACUUCUCGAAAGAGAAAGGGACUGUCGAAGAAAGUUGGAAGACACUCAAGUCACGUUAUGUGCUCAACUUGAAGACUUUUCUCAGAGAGAUUCUAGAAAUAAGAAAAUAUUAGCUGACACAGACAAAGAAUUAGCACUAUUACGUCACGAUCUGAAAGAGUUACAAAGAAAGGCUGACAUAGAAGCAGAGUCCAGGAGAAAAGCUGAAUUUAAUUAUAACGAAGCUAAACGACGGCUCGACGAGGAGCAAAGUAAACGAGCGAAGGAAAUAAACAAUUUACAGACAUACAAUGAUAAAAUUAACGCUUUAGAAAUGCAAUUGACAGAGUUGCGCGAGAAAUUAAAACAAGAGUCCGAAGCUGCUGCCAAAUCACGGAAACAAGCUGCAGAACUGACUGCCGCGCAGGCAGCUGCCGCUGCUGUUAACGACGGCACGGUGGCCAGCUUGCGUGCUCAGCGCGAUAACCUAGAAAGAGAACGAAGUACUCUCUCAGAAGAACUUGCUGGUGUAAAGGCAGCUAAACAACGUUGUGACGCAGCUGUCGCAGAAGCCACCAGCAGAUUGAAUGCCGCUCACGCAGAGCUCGAACGAGCAUCGACUCGACUAAAUCAAAUUAUGGCCGACAAUAGGCAGCUUUCAGAGCGAGUGUCCUCGUUGGAGAAGGAAUGUGCCUCUCUGGCACACGAGCUCCGUGCAGCCAAGCACAUGUACCAGCAGGAAGUACGUGCGCACCAGGACACGCAGCGGUCUCAAUUGCUCUCUAAACAAGAAGCCAAUUUGGAGCUAGUCAAGGCUCUGCAAUCCAAACUGAACGAGGAGAAGACAGCGCGACAACGGUCAGAGUCUGCGUGUCAAGAGAAAGACAGGCAGAUGUCGAUGCUCAGUGUCGAUUACCGACAGAUGCAACAGCGCCUUCAGAAACUUGAAGGGGAACAUCGACAGGAGACUGAAAAGGCAAUGGGUUUAGCAGCUUCGUUGGAGCAGGAGCGAGCUGCUCGGAUGGCGGCGAGCGGCGAGGUGGCGGCGGCCGAGGCGGCGGCGCGCGCCGCGGCGGCCGAGCGCGACGCGCGCGCCCGCGACCUGCACGCCGUGCGCGCCGCGCUGCACGACACCUCCGAGAAGCUGGCUGCCGCCUCCGCCGAGCGCGACAUGCACUGCGCCAGGAGCGAGGAGCUGAGGCAGCAGUUAGAGACAGAGCAACACUACUGCUUCGUGUACAAGAGCCAGGCCAACGACAUGCGUCUGAUGCUGGAGGAGAACACGCGCGCGGCGCGCGACGCCGAGCAGGAGCGCUCCAGUCUGCUGCAUCAGCUGCAGCUAGCCAUCGCACGCGCUGACUCCGAGGCCAUCGCCAGGUCUAUCGCCGAGGAGACAGUCGGGGAGUUGGAAAAGGAGAAGACAAUGAAGGAGCUGGAGAUGCGUGACGCCAUGUCCCAGCACCGCAGUGAUCUCGCCGCGAGGGACGCCAUGCUGCAGGGGCUGCGGGACAGGGACCAUGAGAACAGAGCAACCAUCGACCUGCAGCGGAAGGAGGUUGACGAGUUACGUCGUAAUGGCACAGCCCUGGCUGAGCGCGUGGCCACGCUGCAGCGACUGCAGGAAGACGUCGACCGACUCAACAAGAAACUUAACUCCGAGAUCAUGCUCAAGCAACAAGCUGUCAACAAACUUGCCGAGAUCAUGAACAGGAAAGACAUGAACCCAGCAGCGACAAAGAACAAGAGCAAGAUGUCAGUGCGCAAGGACAAGGACUACCGCAAGCUGCAGCAGGAGCUGACGAGGGAGAAGGAGAAGUUCGACCAACACAUGUCCAAGUUACAGCGGGACCUGCAGGACUGUCAGCAACAACUGCUCGACGAACAGUCCACGCGACAGAGACUCGCCAUGGAGGUUGACAGCAAAGAUGCAGAGAUUGAACAGCUGAAAGAGAAACUGGCAGCUCUAACAAGUGAGACAGCGUCGCAGUCGUCCGCCGACGCAGAGGACGGAGAGACCGAGCAGACACUGGAGGGCUGGCUCUCUGUACCAUUCAAACAGAACAUACGACGACACGGGUGGAAGAAACAGUACGUCGUCGUCUCCUCCAAGAAGAUCAUCUUCUACAACACCGAGAAUGAUAAGCAGAACACCACUGACCCCGUCAUGAUUUUGGAUUUGAGCAAGGUGUUUCACGUGCGCUCAGUGACCCAGGGCGACGUGAUCCGAGCGGACGCGAAGGACAUCCCGCGCAUCUUCCAGCUCUUGUAUGCAGGCGAGGGAGAGGCCAGGAGACCUGGGGACGCCGCCGACACACCUGCAGAGGCGGGGGACCAUGCUGGUGCCCCGCUGCAGCACAAGGGCCACGACCUGGUGAGCAUCACGUACCACAUCCCCACGGCCUGCGAGGUCUGCACGCGCCCGCUCUGGCACAUGUUCCGGCCGCCGCAAGCCUACGAGUGUCGCCGCUGCCGCAUGAAGAUCCACGCGGAGCACGUGUCGGAGGGCGAGGGCGUGGCGGCCUGCAAGCUGCACGCCGACCGCGCGCGCGAGCUGCUGCUGCUGGCGCCGGGCGCGCCCGAGCAGCGCCGCUGGGUGGCGCGCCUGCAGCGCCGCGUGCAGCGCUACGGGUACCGCGCCGCGCACACCAACCACGACCACACCAAGCUCUCGCCCAGAGACUCGAUGCGGUCUAACCUGAAGUCAGCGUACAUGAACGCGUCGCAGCGCAGCUCGACGUUGCCGGCCAACGCGUCGCUGCCGCGCCAGUGAGGCAUUCAGCCACUGCAUUGCACGCACGCCCUCUACGGUAUUUGCUAUAUAAACAUUACAAAUUGACGAAGUACUGGCGCUCAUUACUGAAAUUUCUCAUUUCGCGUGUUUGGUUUUGAUGGUUAUAGUUCGUGACUUGCUUUAUUCGCCGUGCGUUGGUUUUUUACUAACACUAUUUUCGAACAUUUUAUUCUAUGGUACCUAGAAUAUAAUCUGUUUAUUUGGGAAAACUAAUCGAAACAUGCUAUCGUACUAUCGAUCGAGGUACUUUUAAUUAAGUACUCUGGAUACCUUACUAGGAAAUUCAUUAAUCGAGUAUUGUUAAGAAGUGAAGUGAGUAACACUGUGCAUAGUUCACUGGCAUUUGACAAUAUUUACAAUUUUAUUGAAUCUUUCACAAUUUUUCUAUCCAAAUUUCAUAAAACUUGUAAAUUAACUAGUCUUAAAUAAGUUUAAGUAUUUUUGUCCAAAAUUUUUAUAAGAUUUCGGCAUGAUUGCUGUGAUAGAUAUUGAAAAUAUUAAUAUUUUGUACUUAUCAAAAAUUUUACCUACAUCAGAUAGUUUUUCUUAAUAUUGUUUUUGAAGAAGCUGAUUUGUCAUGAUGAAAUCUCACUGCAGGAUGCAAUGGUGCUAACGUGUGCAUCGGUUGCGAGCUAAUGUAAUGUUAUACGACAUCAGCUUGUUAGACAAGUGCUGUAUAGAAGAAAGCUAAUAUUUUCUUGGUUCACUAGAACUGGGUCAUGUAAAUAUUAGUACCGUGUUGAUAUUAUUAUGUUUUUAUACUUAUAUUGCAGUCUCGGGAGCAGACUUAGGUUGCGUUUGAUUGACAUGUUGUGUAGUUUUUGAGGACUCGGCGAUGUUAAUAAGUCUCUGGAGCUAAAUAACAGCACAUAUAAACGAAUUAAUAUGGUUGAUCAUUCUCAGCGCCAAGUAGUCCAAUACAAUGAGUUUUAAUGUGACAUAAAUUGAACUGGUUAUUUUUCAACAAUAUUUUUGUACAAUUUAUUAAACCAGUAGAGCAUUUUUAUUAUAAUGUAUUUUGUUACGUUUUUAUUUUUAACAGCACAUAAUGUUUAUCUUUCAGUAUGUUGUAAAUCGUAUACUAUUGUUGUAUAUGUAUAGGUAUCGUACGAGAAACUGUUACUGGAUCCGUAAUAAGUGGGAUUUGAUCUAUCUUGAUUCAAAACAAGCAGUAAUGAGUGACUCGGCUACAACAAGUAAACAUAUUUACUCUGGGAUUGCACUCAUACUAAUACAUUUAGAUAUAAAUGUGGGAAUUGAUCCUUACAGGAAUUGACUUACCAAUUUUUAAGUAUUGUUAAAGAAUCUAGUUAAACAUAUAUCAUGUUAAUGGAAAUAUAGAAAAUUAUACAAAAUGAUUCAGGGGACCCUUAAGUAGAUUAAGUACACAGUAAGACAUUCACAACGCGUAAGGGUUGCAGACUAACGAAGAAACCGUGCCAUAGGUGUUUUUGUUUUUAGCGAAUUGUCUCAUUAAUAUAAUUGCUCAAGUGAAAUACCUAGUUCUUGUACUAAAUUCUGGAAUGUUACUUAAUUAUGUAAGACUCUGAAUGGGCUUCCUUGAAUCACAAGAUCAAUUUAUUCUAGACUAACGUGUAGUGAACUGCUGAGCUUAUUAUUAAAUAAUUAGAUAACGCAAUUUGCUCUACGAAAGUUUGUUAAAUAUUUUUCUUUUCAUUUUGCAACACUAACUGUACAAAAUCUUCUCUUGCUAUGUCGAGCUGAGAAAUGUAAUUUUGAAGCAAUAAUACACCGUGUCUUAUAUUUGUUAUGGUACCAAUAUUAAGUGCCAAACUGCCUCAUUUGUUGAAACACCAGUCGGCUCUAAAGCGUGUAGCCUUCUAUUUAACUUUAUAUCUUUUACAAUAUAUCGUUAGGCCUAAACAAAUAUGUUAUUAGAUGUAUCGUGUAAUUAGCAAAUUUUGAAACACCAAUUUUUAAUAGGCCUUAUAAUCUCGUGUACAAUAAAUCUCGUUAAGUUGUGAGAAUAAAGUACAAAAGUUGGAAUUGUUCACAACUAUACUUAUUUUAUGUCAAUGUGUUUUUACAAGUUUCGAAACCCGAGCCCUAGGCAGGGAAACAUUUACACAAAACAAUAACAUUAAAUUACUGGAUUUCAUACUGAUAAUAGUGGGUUCAGCAAUCUCAAGUUUCUGCAUCGAUAAACGAUAAGUGACGUAGAGGGAUAGGCGAUCGAUUCGUGUAAUGUGUGAAGGCUUUGGAUAGCUGUGAUAAAUAGUCGUGUCUUUGUUGGAAGUCCAGUCGGGUUGACAGUUACAAUACUGACUGCCUGGUCUCGGUUAAAGUUAACGUCUACAAUACAGGGGAUAAUAAAAAGACAUAUUAUAUGUAUUUGUAUAAUAAUAAUAAUAAUGAAGGUUGUAUUUAAUGUAUUCUUGGCAAAUUACCUUAAUGACUACCGAGACUGGGAGAGUGAGCCUACUGUUGAUUCGGACUGAACUGCCAACAGCCGUGGUGCUAGAAAGAAUCAGGCCUCCGACGCAUUGUUGUUACUAUUAGUUCUUGUUAAAUAUUAUAAAAUAUCCUGUUUAAUAUUGCUCUACACAUUGUUUACAUUCCUGCAACGAAAACUAUGUUGAGUUUUGUUUUCCUUAGAUUUAUAUUGACUCAAGUUCUCUGUUCUAUCGCAUAUCCAGUUAUUGCUUUGUUUUUCUUGUAGAUGUAAGUUUGGAACAAUCUCUUAAUUCAUGUUGACAUGCGAAUUUAAAAUUGUACGUACUUAAAAGUUAAAAAAUUGCAAUUAAUUACGUCGUAGUGUUUACGCUUAUUUUUGAGAUGCAUUUUAUUUUUUAUUACGGCAGCUUAUGCAUUCUAUUGUUCGUGCACUUCAUUCCAUAUGGUUUCAUGAAAUGUGUUUUGUGUUUCAUGUGUUCGGUUUUAUUAUUACCAAAGAACUUUGAAAAAUUACAAAAAGAGCUGUUUAUUUUGGACUCUAAGCCUGCGUUUUUCGUUCCAUGUCUCGUCAUUAAUAUUAAUUCCAUGUAAUAAUAAUAAUAUUGUUAUUUACUAUGCAUAAUUCUGAUAACCUGAUUUUGCUAUUCUAGAUGACAUUUUUCGGGAGUAUUUUUCCUGACAACCGUAGCCUUAUAAUUCGAUGCGGUUAUAGAAAUACUCCCAAAUUGUCUUAUAUAACAAUAACUGAUAUAAUGUAAAACCAUUAUGUAAAUUAUUUAUUAUCGAAUUAAAUCAUUUAUUGUAACGUUUUAUUUAUCUACUAAAAUUGUAAGUUCCUAACUAGCUUUUCAUAUUUUGUAAAGUUUUUUUUUCAAGUGGCUUUUUGCUGAUAGAGGACAUUUCGUAUAAUUCAUCGUAUGUUUUAUAAAAUAUUAUUAUGAUAUUGAAUAUAAUAUUUGGAAUAUGGUUUGAUUCAUUGCUGUAAUGUAGUGGAGCGUGGAGCGUGUCGAGUGACGCGCACGGCUCGGUAGAGACACGCGAUACUAAUACAACGUGCCUUAGCUACGGCUCACCCCAUAUCACGUAGGGUUAUAUUAUGAUACCUGUCAUUAUUAUAGUGUAAAUACGCUUUCAAUUCAACCGAUAUUUUAUGGAUUUUGAAAAACUUGUAAAUUGUAAAGAUUAUUAUUUUUAAGGUAAUUAAUGCCCAAUAGCUAAUAAGUACUAUUUUUAAAAUAAAAAUA